AUGGUGGGACACUUGCUUCGAGGAGAGGCCGGUACAUGGUGGGACACCAAGAGACAAUUACUAAUACGAGAGCUUGGGAAUAUAGGCGCUCUUACAUGUGAGAGGUUUAGGGAAGAAUUCGAUAAUCGAUUAUUCCCUGAAUCUACCAAGCAACAGAAAGCCCAGAAGUUUACUAAUCUGGUGCAAGGAAGUCAAACCGUGGAGCAGUAUGCAGCUCACUUCUUGGAAUUAGGAAGAGUGGUCCUGGUGAAUUCAAAGAUUAUGGAAAGAAUACUUGUUGAAGCCCAUUCAUCGUCAUAUUCAAUACAUUCAGAUAGUAUGAAGAUGUAUAGAGAUAUUAAGAAGAGCUUUUGGUGGGAAGGAAUGAAACUGGACAUUGCUCAUUUCAUCGAGAAGUGUGCCACGUAUGUGCGAGUAAAUGCUGAGCAUCAGAGACUUGCUGAGAACUUGCAUCCCUUAGUCAUACCAUAA